AUGGCAGGAUAUAGAAACAUAAUAAAUUCAAAAACACUUGCGGCUUUCUUCGUAGUAAUUUGGCUGGGCGCGCAUCGGUGUGCAGCUUCAGACUGCUACUCGAUGCGGGGCCUGGACAAUGCAUGCCAGGAGCUGUACGACAUAAAAAAACUGAACGACUUGGAAAGAACGGACUUUGUGCAUGAAAUAAUUCGCAUUAUCAACAAAAGAAACAUCUCGACGCACAAAAACAUCGGGGUGCUUAGCUGUGGGAAUUUGAUCAUGAAUCCAACCUGGAACUCGAUUAAAAUGUACCUCGCCCGAGAAGAAACAAUGUAUUUCCACGUCGUGAACAACUUUGACGGGAGCUCCAGCCUGGGGAUAGAACACUCAAAGGAUUUCGGCGCUUUUUUCAAAGCAAAGGAUCAGCCUUUACUUUGCAUGCUAAGGAAGACCGCGGGCAUUUCCAAGCUUCUAUUGGCGACCUUCUUUAACAAGGGCGAGCGCACGACGUUUGCCAUAAACACGCACAACAAGCCCAUAGGCGCGCGCUUGUUUGAAAACAUGGUGAAUAAUCUGAACAUCCCAAAGGAGCAUAUAUGGCAGAAUCUGUGCGUAGUGCGGAACGUUCUGGGCAAACCCAACUUGGUCUAUCUGGAGUACCUUAGCAGAGACGAGAACAUCGUCAUUCGGGCUGAGUUUAAGCUGGACGACCCCUUGCUUGACAGGCUGCUGUUUCUGCUGACAGGAGGCCACUUUCCAGAGUCCCACAUUUACGACCCCCACAUUAUAGAAAAAGUGGCCAAGAAUCUUCCCAUGCACUCAACCUACGAAAUUGCGCACAUGCACAUUCUUAACGCCAUGGAGGCGAUUGCAAGCACUUUCAACUCGGAACAGGUCAGAAAGAAUCUUGAAAAAGUAUACAAGAGCGAGACGAAGGAAGUUUUGACGGGCGCCCAGGUACUUGUGUAUAGAUCCAUGGUGUAUAAUAUGGCCAAGGUCAGCGCAGAAACCAUAUACAGAUUUUUUGACAACCGGUCAACCAUGCAUGUUCUUGCGAUUGACGGGCGCCUGGACAAAAUGUACCUGUUUAAGUACAACAGAAGCUGCUUUAAGUCCAGCGAAGAGGACUCGGACAUCCUCUUCAAGCCCAAAAUGACAUCAUAUGACCCCCUCAACAGCAACCCCAGCGACAACCCCAUGCAGUUCGAUUUCGGGCACGAUCACACUGGCAAAAACUUCCGCAUAAGCAUCCCUUCUCUUUUUGAGAGCAACGACAGGUCUUCACAGAAGCAAGCCCCCAGUGAGUGCGGAGCCAUGGUUUUCAUAUGGAAUGACCUUAAAAAAGAUAACAUUGUGUAUGUGCAGGUGAUCUUUGCAGGCUCCAAUUUCCUGCACAUAGUACCAUACCGGCUGGGGGACUCCAGGUUCCAGGCGGUUUUACAGACUCUCAUGCGGAAAACAACCAAAAGCCAGCUCGAGGACAGCAUGUCCCAAGUCCUGAUGGCUGCUCGGGCAGAAGACAACAAAAUAUUUCGCUCGGAAAUGGAAAAGGACGAGACAAUUAAGUAUCCUUCUUUCUCCAAUGUGAAGCUCACAAGCAUAAAGAAAAUUGUUGAAGAAACCGGGAAGCACUCCAAAGGCCAGGAGGGCUCUGCCCAAAGCGCGUCCUCUGCAGCGCCUCUCGACGAAGAAGCGGAUAUGAUUAAUCACGUAAGAUCGCUGAAAAUAGCAGCCGACAGAUAUGCAAUGUACAAGCAUUCACAAAUGAAGUUUUUUCUAGAAAAAACCCCCGAAGAGCUUAUUUGCCUUUUGGCCGAGUGCAAGAACAAGCCCAUGAUUCGCUCAAAUUUGGCCGCGGACUCGCCAAGCAGCCUCCCCAACAAAGAAGCGCCUGCUCCGUGUGCAGACGCCCCAUUGGAAAACCCCUAG